AUGCUUGAGCUCUCGAAGACUGACAUCAGCCUUCCUCUUUUAGGGGAGUUUAGCAAAACACUCCUCAUGUCCAGUAGGCAAAUCAUCAAGGCUCGGACCAUCUUGCUUCCAUCUAUCGACAUCCUUAGCAGGGGGCAGUCCACCAACUUCCUCCUGAUCAUCGCUCAGCAGCCGCCAGCGGCCACCGCCGUUCCAAUCGUCUUUGGCCGCCAGUCACGACGACAACCAGCCUGGUCCCACCCAACUAGUCCUCGCCUUGAAAAAGAGAAGACGAAGAAAAAUUUACGUGCUCGACUUACUUUGGGAUGCACGGCAACUCCUCUCUUCGACAAGCAGUACAAAAUUCUCCAAGAUCUUUCUCAAGCUAGAAAGUAG